AUGGCGUCCAACGCCUUUUCCUCCUCCACCGUCCCCUGGGUGUCCGUCAGCUUCGUCAGCAUUGCUCGAAGUUUUGCGGGCGGUAUCAUGCUUCUGACACCCCAGCUGGGGGGAAAAUUCUUCGGAAUACCGCUUGCACCAGAAACCAAUGUGCUUGGCCGUCUCUUCGGAAUUCGAGAUCUGACACUGGGGCUGCUGCUAUGGAAGGUUUCCUCCGCAUUCUCGGGACGCGCACCUCAGGUUGGCGCGGCUUUGGUUGGUCAUUCAGCAAGGGACUUCAAACAUGUCCUUGUGAUCGGGGCAAUCGUCGAUUCUGUGGAUGUAAUCAGUUGUUUGAUCAGCGCUUGGCACGGAGAAAUUGAAGGCAAGGCCCUUUUCUGGGGGCCCUUUGGAGCAGGAUUGUUCGCUGUGUUGCAGCUGUUGGCUUGGAGGAAGGUCAAAGGUUAG